ACGAACCGUUACAGCGAACGAUCACGCGAGAAAAGCUCAGCGGCUCGGCGCUUUAGAAAAUCUUACGGUAAUUAAUUAGCGGGAGCGGUGCUGCCGAGGCGCGAGCGAGACAGCAGCACAUUUAAUCACGCUGACAGCCAGCUGUCGUGCGAGUGUGUGGGUGGUACACACACACCGGAACACACAGGGCCGUCACACACACAACUGCGCAGCCGUCGCCUGGACGCAAAAUCGAAUCAGAAAUUGCCGUCGCCAAAAUCGCGCGCUUCGUGUUUGCGCUCGUCAAAAGCAGCGCAGCUUCCAAUCGGUGCACUUCCCGUCCGCCGUUUCAUUUUUUUCCGUUCGUAUCAAUCAGUGGCGGCAGAGGCGGCAGCGCAUCGUUGUUGUUUGUCAGUUUGACAGCAGUGGCAGCGCGGUCGGCAGUGGCAGCGCAGUCGGCAGCGGCAGAGGCCAGUGACGAAAGAACCCGGCCAGCAGAAUUCAUUCGCUUUUGGCCGUUCAUUCGCUUUUGGACGUUCAUUCGAGUAACGACGGAAUCCGGAUGAAAGACGCCCGCACUCCGCGAAACGCGUGUUCCGCCAGAAUAUUCAAAACGCAGUGUGAUACGAGUUUAUGGAUCUGAAAGACGAGAUUUUCCACGGUGCCGCCAUCAUAUCUAGUCAAAAUUGGAAAAGCCAAGCACUAACUAUCGCCCGAAAUGCUCGAUCAAGACUGAAUAAAACACACAAAAAAACAACUAAAACCCCACAAAUGGUUCAACAAAGUAUACGUAAAACAACCACAAAUUCAAAUAUACCACAAAAAUAUAUUUAUUAAUCUAAAGCUAAAGAUAAACUACUACGAAUAUUUAUAUUAAACGGUAUUUGCUCACCCAAAUUACACUUGCAUACAUUAUGUAAAAGCAGUUACUUAAAUCAACAAACCUUAACGAAGUAUACGAUUCAAUGCAAUUAUUAAAUUAAAUUUAAACCCACACACAACACAAAUUACAAAUUACAAAAUAUAAAAUACAAAAUACAAAACGCCUCGAAAGAAAACAAAUAUUUAAACGUCAUUUUUGUCUGCCAUACGAAAAUUUAUAAAUUUAAAUCUAAAACACAAUUAAACAAAGUUAUACGCUACGACAACAACAAAUUCUAUACGACAACGUACCAAGUGCAAAACAAAAAGUAAAAACAAAACAUAAACAAAUUUUAUGAAUAUUGUGUCAAAUUAAAAUUAAGUUACAAAACCCAAUUGAAACACCAGCAAACGUCUUAGUUUGCUCCCAAAAACCCAAAAAGUUGCCGCAAAUCGUCAAAAUUCAGCAAAAUUUAAAUAUGUUGCACGAGGCUCUGAUGCUCGAAAUCUACAGACAGGCGCUAAAUGCCGGAGCCCUGCCCACAGCUCGUCCGCGUUCCACGGAGUCGGCGAACUCGAGCGAGCGGUGUCCCUCGCACGACUCCAACUCCUCGGACAACGGGGGCGGGGGAGCCGGCAGCGGGGGCGUGGCGGGCCACCGGAUGGACGCGGCCGCCCUAUCCGCCGGAGUGCUGCCCGGCGUGGUGCCCACCACCCUGCACUCGACAUUCCCGGCGGUGCCGCAGUCGCUUCCCGCCCAGCCGCCCUCGAUGGAGGCGUACCUGCACAUGGUGGCCGCGGCCGCCCAGCAGUACGGCUUCCCCUUGGCGGCGGCAGCGGCGGCGGGGGCGGGGCCGCGCCUGCCCCUCCCGCUGGCAAAUGAGGCUGCCGCUCCGUUCAAGCUGCCCCCGCAGGCGUCGCCCACCGCGUCGAGCAACAACUCGGAGGCGCUGGACUUCCGCACGAACCUCUACGGACGGGCGGAGUCGGCGGAGCCUCCCGCUUCGGAGGGCGAGGAGGAGGACUUCGACGACGGGGCCAACAACCCGCUCGACCUCUCCGUGGGCACCCGCAAGAGGGGCCAUGAGUCGGCGCCCCCGGUGGGCCACAUCCAGGUGAAGAAGAUGUUCAAGUCGGACAGCCCGCCCGCCAACCCCGUUGCCCCGCCCUCCGCCAGCCAGCUGCUGCCGGGAGUUAACCCGUAUCUCGCCGCCGUGGCGGCUGCCAACAUCUUCCGGGCGGGCCAGUUCCCCGACUGGAACGGCAAGAGCGACCUGGUGGUGGACCCGCUCGAGAAGAUGUCCGACAUCGUCAAGGGAGGAGGGGCGGGCGGAAUGGGCGGCAAGGAGAAGAUGCACUCGUCGAAGGCCACGCCCCCGCAGACGGCAGCUCCGCCGCCAAAGAGUCCCGUUCAGCCGUCCCAGGGGAGUCAGAGUUCCGAGUCCGGCGGAGGAUCAGGAGGAGGAAGUGGAGGCAGUGGAGGAGGAGGAGGAGGAGGAGUGACGAAGGCCAGGCACAACAUCUGGCAGUCGCACUGGCAGAACAAGGGCGUGGCCAGCUCGGUGUUCCGGUGCGUGUGGUGCAAGCAGAGCUUCCCCACUCUGGAGGCCCUCACCACCCACAUGAAGGACAGCAAGCACUGCGGCGUGAACGUGCCGCCGUUCGGCAACCUGCCCAGCAACAACCCGCAGCCGCAGCACCACCACCCGGCGCCCCCGCCUCCGCCGCAGAACCACAACCUGCGCAAGCACGGAGGAUCGGGCGGUGGCGGUGGAUCUGGGUCCAACCACUCCCCCUCGGCGAACGUGAAGAACGCGUUCCAGUACCGCGGCGACCCGCCCACGCCGCUGCCCAGGAAGCUGGUGCGCGGCCAGAACGUGUGGCUGGGCAAGGGCGUGGAGCAGGCGAUGCAGAUCCUCAAGUGCAUGCGCUGCGGCGAGAGCUUCCGCUCACUGGGCGAGAUGACCAAGCACAUGCAGGAGACGCAGCACUACACCAACAUCCUCUCGCAGGAGCAGAGCAUCUCCAUCAAGUCGGCGAGUGCCAACGCCAACUCGGAUGCCAAGGAGUCCCACAACAGCCUGAGCUCCGAGGAGAGCCGCACCCUAAGCGCCGUGCUCACGUGCAAGGUGUGCGACAAGGCCUUCGGCUCCCUGGGCGACCUGAGCAACCACAUGGCCAAGAACAACCACUACGCGGAGCCGCUGCUCCAGUCCGCCGGGGCGAGGAAGCGGCCGGCGCCCAAGAAGCGCGAGAAGUCGCUGCCGGUGCGCAAGCUCCUCGAGAUGAAGGGCGGAUCCGGGAACCAGGAGGACCUCCCCAGCGAGAAGGCCUCGGUGCAGGGGAAGCCGGGACUGGGACCGGGGGGCGGGGACAAGAACGACGCCGCCCUCUUCGCCGAGCGGAUGCGCCAGUACAUAACCGGAGUGAAGUCGCCGGAGGAGAUCGCCAAGGUGGCCGCCGCCCAGCUGCUGGCCAAGAACAAGUCGCCGGAGCUCCUGGUGGAGCAGAAGAACGGCGGCGCCAAGGCGCCGGGAGCCUCCUCGGUGCUCAGCGCCAUCGAGCAGAUGUUCACCACCAGCUUCGACACGCCGCCGCGGCACGCCAGCCUGCCGGCCAGCAGUCCCUCCAACUCGUCCACCAAGAACACCUCGCCGGUGGCCUCCAGCAUCCUGAAGCGGCUCGGCAUCGACGAGACGGUGGACUACAACAAGCCGCUGAUCGACACGAACGACCCCUACUACCAGCACUACCGCUACACCAGCAGCGAGCGGAGCGGCAGCGAGUGCAGCGCGGAGGCGCGUCCCCGCCUGGAUGCACCCACUCCCGAGAAGCAGCCGCCGGCGGAGGAGGCGGCCCCGGACGCCAAGCCGGCCAUCAAGCAGGAGCUCGAGGCGGAGCCCAUCAAAAUGGAGAUCAAGUCUGAACUGGCGGAGGAGCAGAGCGACGCGGCCGAGGAGCCCUUCAAGAUGGAGACGACCCUGGUCAACGGCAACAACAACAACAACAAUAACAACAACGUGGAGAGGAGCUCCCCGAAGACGCCUUCGUCGGCGGCGAGUCCGCAGACGCGGCUGCUCCCUCCCCGGAGUCCCGCCGAGAGCCAGCGAUCGGUGACGCCCAAGUCGCCCGCCUCCAGCCACAAAUCCUACGACGGGAGCUCCGAGGGGAACAAGAAGUACCCGAGCGACUCGCUGAACGCCCUCUCCUCCAUGUUCGACUCCCUGGGCAGCAGCGGUGGAGCCGGGGCGGCCAACACGAGGGCCAAGCUGGCGGCGGCGGCGGCCGCCGGCGGUUCGGAGUCGCCGGAGAACCUCAGCUCCGGCGGCAACUCGCUGGCGGCCCUGCGACAAUUCUGCGUGAAGAAGGAGAAGACCGCCUAAGUCCGCGCGAGUCCGAGACGAAAAGCGAAACCGAAUCGUUUGCCUUGUUUUCGUUGUUUCGAGCAAAACGCAUUUUCAACAUUUUUUGGUUUGGUUUGCCAGCGAGG